AUGGAGGAACACCAAGAGGAAUAUGAUGACCAGAAAAUGGAGGAGUUGAAGGAAAAGUAUCCGAACUAUGAAGAAAUGGAUAUAGAAACUUUAGAUAGUGAAUUACCAAUCCUUGGCAAGGAUCUUUUGGAAAGUGAAACUACUGAGGAGACCCAGGAUAUUAACGAGGAAAUUGAUUACGUACAGGAACUGAGGAGGAGAAAAACAUUAAGUGAAGACCUUACGAGAGAGCAAUUAGCUGAGAAAUUCCCUGGCCUAUCUAAUCUACCAUAUGAUGAUUUAAUGGAUAGGGGAGACAGACUGUUAAAUGAACUAAUACUAUCCGAUUUGGACGAAGACAGUUUCAAAGAGAAGUCGGAAGAACUGAGGUACGUCAGAAUGCUAUCAAAUGAUUACCAAAGAGAGUCAAACUUAAAUAAACUUCUCAACUUAAGAGAUAAGGUGAAAAAGAGGGAUCUCAUUAAACGGGAUGAUCGUAGGAGACUGCAGAGGCUCAGGUUAUGGGCAAGAGAGAAUGCAGGCAUCUUAUCAGCUGUUAUAAUUUCAUCAUCAGCUGUAAUCAUAGGACUGGUUGCAUCAACUAGAAACAUAUUGUGGAAAGUAGGUGACACAACAGGAAAACUCGAUAAGCGAAUCAGUGAGUUGGUAAACAAUCAAAUAGAACUACCACCUGUAUUUCAGAAGAUAGCCGAUGGAGUAGAGUUAGCAGCGGAUAAUAUAUGGAUAAUCAUUGUUUGUGCAGCAGUAGUUUUACUGUACAUAUACAACUAAACAUUACAUAUUGUAUAAAGUAUGAAUACCACAGAAAGAGAACUCCAGCCUGGCUUCAGGAGGAGCCGCAUGACAUCUGUAAAAGGACCAAGAACUAGAAGUGUCGUAACAUUUAAUCCAACAACUAUCAGCCCGGGUGAAGAGCUGUACAUUAACAUCCCUAAGCUAAAACCCGACUCUUGUUUAGUUCCAGGAUCACUGGCACUAUUAUUUGACUUCAAGAAUUCCAAUACAAAAAGCCACUUUAAUAAUAACCUGUCUAAGUUGAUAGCUAAACGUCUUCAGAUUAAAGUAGCCGGUGAAACAGCUUAUGACUGUUCAGGAGAGAGUUUGUACGAAGUAUACAAAGAUCUAUGGCUAACGCUAGGUGAUAGGAAAAAGAUGACGGAACAGGGUCUUGCAAGUGAAAAUCUCAGGAAGUUAAUAUCAGGUGAUGACUCAGGAGCAAAGGUAGGUGAUGCCAAUAAAGUAGCAGAUGCACUUCUCCACAGUGUGUAUGGAUCUAAGCUGAGAAAACCAAUUGAUAAAAUAAUUGCAGAUCAUGGACUCUACACACCGUUCUCCAUGAAUAACAAUCCUAUGUACAUCCUCACACUCCCGCAAUCAGAUGAAAUUAUGACUGCCCAAGGAGGUGAAGCUAAGGGUAAUUAUAAACUGGACAAUCUUGAGUUAGAAUAUGAGACCAUUGAAAAUGACGCCCUUGCAGGUGAAGUAUCAAGGAUGUAUUCAACAGGCCGCUCACUGUCUUACAAACAUGUCACACUUAUGCGCACAAGUAAUUGGGGCAAAGAUCUUACCAUUAUCAAUGAAAACAUAAAUAUCCCCAGAAAGAGCAUGUCAGCAAUUGUCCUUCUAUUUACCAGUAGAGUGAGAACUGAUUCUGAAGAGUAUAUUUACCCAAACAUUGAUAAAGUGAACCUUACCAUUGAGGGGGUGCCUAAUGCAGUUUUCUCCCAAGGACUUCAUAAAAAUAGGUUCUUCGAAGAGGCAAAACGAUUUUUCUGCCCUAUGUGUGAGAAAUCUAUGGCAGAUGAAUUUAUGUCUAUCAGCAGGUUCUUCAGUAGUGGUUUUGCUCUAGUAAUUGAUCUUAGAACGACUCAGGAUGAUACCACCGGAGGAGGAAGGAAGAUUGUCAACACGCAGUCUGGAGUACUUAUGGAAAUCAAGAAGCAAGCCACAACAGCUGACGUUCAGUGCAACAUUUUUGUUGUAUCAGAUGCCCUCCUUAACUUUGCCAAUAGAGAUCUAUCUAGUAUUCAAUACUAGCUUGCACCAACGGUAAAGCAUAGAGAUGCAACUUGAACCACCAUUCAACAUGCUCAUAGUAGGAAUGACAGGAAGUGGUAAAACUCAGUUCUUACUUAACAUGCUAGAAAUAGAAUACAAUAAAGUUUUCGAUUAUAUUGUGAUUAUAUGUCCAACAAUAGAAUGGAAUAUGACUUACAUUAAUUGGGCUCAUAUUAGUGAUCAUGGAGUCAUACAAAUUCCAUGUUCACAAGAAAUGAUCAAUCUAGUUCUGAAGGCAGUGUCCACCAUAUUUCGUGGAACUCAAACGCUAAUCCUCAUUGAUGAUUGUGCUGCAGGUCAGGAUGUAAAGAAAAGAGUCUCAGAACUGGUGCGCCUAGCAUUCUCCGCAAGACAUUACAACCUAUCUGUCAUUGUACUUACCCAACAAUUAUCAUCAAUUGCAAAACCAUUCAGGGAGAACAUUUCCAGGCUAGUUACAUUCUACAACCCUAGUCGUAGGGAUAUGAAGGUGAUAACAGAUGAUUACCUAAGUGGUGUUCCUCAGGAGACAAUUACAGAGAUUACGAAAAUAUUAAAAGAUAAGAAGUUCACCGCACUAGAUAUACUACUUAUUCACUUUUACACAUACACUAUCAAACAAAACAUCACGUAGGAUAUAAAAGAUGGGAUCUGAAUCUGAUGAAGAAAUAUCUGCAGCUGUGAGGGAAGUAGAAGAGGCCGCAAAGACACCGCAAAAGAAAGCUAAGUCUACCGCAAGAAAAACUAAGUCAGCCGCAGAUAAGUCGCAAACUGAAAGCAAAAGAGACAAGCUUAUAGAGCUAUCUAGGGAUGGUGUAAUAGAGAAGUCCGCAAGUUUUAUAAGAAAGUCCAACAAGGAUGUUGUGGAUAGACUAUACCAUGCGUAUGAAAGUCAGAGGAUGUCAUGCGCAAGUGACUUCCUAUCAACACUUAUAAUUUCAAAGUUUGCUUCUAUACUGGGGAGUUUCGGUGCAGUAGCAUCUUCAGAGAAACUGUCAGAGGAACUACUUAGCGAUAAACUUCUAAAGGAUGACGUAUGUUAUUUAACAAGAAUGAUAUCCCCAAACAUUCCAUUCAUAGGUUUAAUAUCAGGUGGUUGUACAACAGCCAAGCAUGUUGUUGCGCAUAAGUGGAACAAGAAGGAGGAACCUGAGGAAAUAUCUGAGGAAGCCAAACAUAUCUUAUUAAAUACAGAAGAAUGUCAGGAUACGAAUGGGAUAACGCUUGGGAAGGAACUGAAUUUGAAGACAUAAUUAAUGGACUGAUUGAGAGAGCUGAGGCUAGCGAAAAGGGACUUAAGAAGAUACAGGAUACCCUUAAUGCAUUGGAGAAGGACAUACACGCGUUCAAGGAAAAGGUUGUUGGGCCACUCCAGUAUGACUUCUAUACCUUCAAAGAUGACACUAUCAAAACAGUUGUAAAGAUAUACAAGGAACUCCAUGAGUCGUAGUAUUUUAUUUGAUGUAGGAAGUACAUAGUAAGCAGCUGGGUGGGUAGAGGGAAUGCUGAUACUAGGAAAGCAGUUCAGAGAGCGAGAUGGGGGUAAGCGUAUACAGAAUACGUAAGGGUGUCCUCGAGGACACCCUUCAUAAAUCGAAAUUAAAUACUUAAUAAAAUAGGUCCAAAAAUUUUUACAUAUAUAAUAUAGAGAAAGAUGGAAAAACUCUUCAGAAACCGAGAUCUUAACGUUAGUGUGAGAACUAUUGAAAGAGAUGGGGAGGUAUUAUUCUACGCAAAGGAUGUGGCGGAAUCCCUAGGGUACUUAAACCCACAGAAGGCCGUCAGGGAUCAUGUAUGGGGAUUAAAUAAAGUAUUACUGGGAAAAGCCAAAGGGGUGAACGAAACGUUCACCCGGAAAACUAGGGGUGAACGUUUCGUUCACCCGGAAAACCGUCAACAACAUACGGUUCUUUUAUAUGAAUCAGGAGUGUACCAGCUUACUUUCAAAUCCAAACUUCCAAUAGCUGAGGACUUCCAGGACUGGGUAUUCAGGGAAGUCCUCCCAUCUAUACGAAAAACUGGCACAUACAGUUUACCAGAUAGAAGGUCACUUAGAUACAACCAAAUGAUCCUAUUAAACGAAACAGACCUCCACCACACAGUCGUGAGUUACAUCAGGGACAACUACCCAGAGGCUGUGGUAAUACCCGGUCUAGGUGAGUAUCAGGACACAUCAUUUAAGAGAUGUGAUGCCUGGAAGAAGGGAUACAAAGGUGGUCAGCCAGAUAUUAUUAUAGAGAAUCCUAUGGGGAAGUAUAAAGGAUUUGCAAUUGAAUUCAAGUCUCCCAAAGGCACCGGAGUCGCAAGUGAAAAGCAAGUGUUAUGGUUCCACAAGCUUAUGAAGAUAGGUUACAUGGUGAUGGUGUCAGAUGACCUUGUAAAAACUUGCAUUAGAAUCAACGAAUACUUUUCACUUAAGAAGGUCGCAAAGAAGGUCACAGUGAACAACACACAGUGCGCUGUAAGGUUGUACAGACCUAGGUUCAGUUCAGGUAAGUACUAGUCAGGUCAUCUCACCAGUAGAUUUGAGAUACCCCACCAGUUAUCUCACAAGUAGAUUUAAGUUACCUCACCAGCAGAUUUAAGUUAUCUCACCAGUUAUCUCACCAGUAGAUUUAAGUUAUCUCACCAGUAGAUUUGAGACAUCUUACAAGUAAAUUUGAGUUAUCUCACAAGUAGACUCUAGAUGUCUCACAAGAUAAAACCCAGUUAAACCUAAGGUAUCUUACAAGUAGAAUGGAAGAUAAACCUGAGCAAAUCCAAGCACAAGUAACAAGUGAAAAGAAGAAAGACCCAAAAAGAGUAGCUGCAGGAAAACGGUUAGCUGCAAUCAGCAGAAUAGCAAAGGAGAGGAAAAAGAAACUUGCAGAACCUGAGGAGUCAUCCAGCAAUAACAUGAUCGCAUAUGUAGGAGUGGUCAUCGCAUUGGUAUCCCUUGCUCUAGCAUUUAAUCAGCAUCAGAGGGAAACAAAGAAACCAGAACCUAAGUACAUCCCUGAAACUGUAGAAGUAACCAGGAAAGCUGAUGCGUCUAAGUUAGAUUCACUUGAAUGAUACGUUAAACAUAAUAUAUAUUAUAGCAAGAUGAGUAAAGAAUCAAAGAUGACCGCGGAAGUGUACAACGCAGUGUUACUUACAGCAGGAGCAGUUGGUAUAUCAAUGGCAUAAAAAAAACUAUUGAAAGAACCGUUAGGAACCCCAGAGAAUGUAAAAGGAAUGGUAAAGCUAGCUGUCUCAGUUAGCCUCUCAUCUCUACUAGUCUCUUACCUGAAAGAAAAGAAGUAUAUACCAGAUGAUCCAUUCAAACCUAAGUAAGACUAUACAAUGGCGGGAGCAGUAGCAGGAGGACUCUUUAACGCAUUUGCAUUUGCUGGAGCGGGAUUCUUAUUCAAAAUGUUUGACAAGAAUGGAUACGCUGAGGAGGCCCACAGACAUAACGUUGCAAUGGAGAACUUAACAGCCGAAAGAGAGAAGUACCUUGAAGAGGUCACUAAUAGAAGAAAUAGGAUUGCUGAACUAAAGUCGGAACUAGCCGAGGCAAAUAAGGAUAUUAAUUCAACGAAUAAGUCACUGGAACUCGUUAGAAGAAUCAAUGAGUUAACACGCACAGCUAUGCCGAGAAGACCGCAAUUAAGCAAUCACUACAAACCUAGCUCAGAGAUGGCAGAAUACAUGGCAAUAUUCGGUUUAAUUACAGGUGGGGUGGUUGGAGGGGCGGCUUAUUUAUUGCUAAUACCACAAUAAAUUUUUACAUAUAUAUUAUAGAGAAAUGGAUUGGCUUGCAAUGGUAGACGUUGACGAAGUGGUAGCCCUGGGAAAAAGGGUGGACACCAUAGAAGAACUGGAGGCUGCAGUAAAAAAAUAUGUGGAAUGGAGAAUAAUAAGGAGGCGUAAAAAUAAACCACAAAAACAAGCAGAAAAUUUUAACACAUAUAGUAUAGGGAAUGGACUGGCUGACACUGGUAACACCUGA